UUGUCGAACCUGUUUGUGGUUUCAGUUUCUUAAAAGAAUAAAACAAAAAAGAAGAAGAUAAAAUCCGAGAAAGAAAACAAUUACUUGUAAAAAAUCCUUUGAAUCUCUUUCACUAGCUUUGAUGAUCUGAUUGAUCGAAUUCGUUGAUCAAAUUGAAGCAUGGAACGGAUCGUUGGUGGCAAAUUCAAGCUCGGUCGUAAGAUCGGCGGUGGAUCCUUCGGUGAAAUUUUUCUCGCUACUCAUAUCGAUACGUUUGAGAUCGUCGCUGUUAAGAUCGAGAACAAUAGAACAAAGCAUCCGCAACUGCUUUACGAAUCAAAGCUGUACAAUAUUCUUCAAGGAGGGAGUGGAAUUCCGAGCAUAAAAUGGUCAGGUGUCGAUGGUGAAGAUAAUGCACUUGUUCUCGAUUUACUUGGGCCGAGUUUAGAAGAUCUUUUUGUGUACUGCGGCAAGAAGUUUUCACUGAAAACUGUCUUAAUGUUGGCUGAUCAAAUGAUUACAAGAAUUGAAUAUGUUCACUCCAAGGGAUUUCUUCAUAGAGAUAUAAAGCCUGAUAACUUCCUCAUGGGACUCGGUAGGAAAGCAAAUCAGGUUUAUAUAAUUGAUUUUGGGCUUGCAAAAAGAUAUCGAGACUCAAUAACUAAUCACCAUAUUCCGUACAGUGAGAACAAGAAUUUAACAGGGACUGCACGUUAUGCCAGUUGCAAUACUCAUCUUGGAAUAGAGCAAAGUCGACGUGAUGAUUUGGAGUCACUUGGCUAUGUACUUUUAUAUUUCCUCAGAGGAAGUCUUCCAUGGCAAGGCUUGAAAGCUGCCACAAAGAAGCAGAAAUAUGAUAAAAUAGGUGAGAAGAAGGUGUCCACUCCUAUUGAGGUUCUAUGUAAGUAUCAUCCUGUGGAGUUUUUUGCAUCAUACUUCCAUUAUUGCCAUUCGUUGACAUUUGACCAACGCCCUGAUUAUGGAUUCUUGAAGCGUCUUUUCCGUGAUUUGUUUGCUCGUGAAGGUUAUGAGUUUGACUGCAUAUUUGACUGGACUAUCAUAAAGUACCAGCAAGCUCAGAAAAGUAGAUCUCAGCUCCGAUCAUCUCCAGCUCCUGGAGGUAGCAGCACUCAUCCAAUACCAGCGGAUGUGAACAAUCAUCAAGGAGGUUUCAAUCCUACUUACUCGGCUGAUAUUACAGAGCGCAUUAGAUCAAACAAUGUUUCGGGUCCAGGUGUACACAUGCAAGUUAAACAAGCUACAGGAAAGAACUUGAUUUCUGAUAGUAAUGUUGAUAAAAAUAUUUUUUACCCUCAUACACCCUCAUCUUCGUUUGCACCUGCUGGCACCUUGAAAAGAAAUGGGCUGAAGUCAACAUUGCCCAAUGAAGCAACCAAUUCUGGGCUUGGGCUUGGGCAUGGAAAUAAAAUCUGUCCUUCCAGUAGUUGGAUUUCGUCAUUGCAACGCACUUCAUCCGCCAAAUGAUGAAAAUGGAUGCAUUUCUGCCUACAGUAUAUCCCCCUGGAUACUACAAGUUAAAAUGGAAAAUCUAGAUAAGGGCUGCUUGAAGAACACUUUAUGGUUUGAUAUCUUGCCUCGAGUUGGUCAAUUCUGCAAAAAAUAUCAAGUUUUUACCUUUGAUUUUGAUUUGAUUCCGGCAGAGGGGGGUUCAGCUUAGUCUAUUUCAAUGAACACAUUAUCUCAGAUAGACUGAAAUGUCGGACAAGGCAGUGCGCCGAUAAUGUAUAUAUAUAUAGAUAUAUAUAUAUCAAGCUUGUCCAACCCGGUUCAUUGCGGUAGAAGCUGUUUGAGAUAACUAUUUGAACUUGGAUUGUGAAGAACUGAGGAGCUCAAGGUGGGUAUGCUUGGACUUUGAGAACAUAUUAUGCGUAUAUGGUGUAAAGUUUUAAACUAGGUGGGGGUGGACAAGACAUUCCUCGAAGCUCCAUUGGUACGUAUGGAUGUAGGGAUGGACCUAAACAGGAGCGGUCACCCUCUGAAAAAUUAAAAUUAUCAUAUAUUUUAGAUUUUUUAUGUAUUUCUAUUGAAAAUUUAUCUU